GUUUGAUAACAAAAAGAAUUUUUUUUCCUUGAAUUAUAAUAUUGAUAUAAAAAUUUAAUAGCUACUACAUUCAUUUUACGAAGUAACAAACGGAUGUUUGAUUCAUAAGAAUGUUGAACAAGAUAUUAUUGCAUGACUAUUGAAUAUGACAACGAUAAAUCAAAUUGAUACAUCUUUACCAUUCACGUUGAAACAAGGACAAGAAAAAUUUGAUAUAGAAGAUACUGAUGAUGACAAUACAAGUCUCGAGGAUAUUAACGAUCUUCUAUCAAUAUCAAUACCUUCACUUUCGGCGAAUAAAUUUCACAUUCCUACUGAUCUAAAUGAUGAAUUUCUUCGAUUAACUACUACGGUUCGUGCUGUAUAUUUUUCAUAUCUUCAUAAAUGUUUACUCACUAAUUAUAUUCUUUGCUAUAAAGAGAAAAAUGAAGAUAUUCCAAGUAGUCAAUUAAAAAAAUGUGCAAAUGAAAUGGAAUUGCUUGCAGUGCGAUCAUCUUUAGAAGCUACUUUAUAUAGACAAAAUAUGUUAAAAUUAAUUUCAGAUGUAAAAUCACAUACAUCAGAAAAGAAAGCUUAUAAAAAAUUAAUAAUAUUUUUAGAAACCCCAUCAACUAAAGUAGACAUUGGGGUUCAAACAAUUAAUACAUGGGCAGAAUUAGAAAGGGCAGAUAAUAUACAAAGUAUAUGUAUCACAUCUAAUUGUGAAGAAUUAUCCUUACAUAAAGAAACACCAAAGUAUAAAGAAGAAGAUGAUAUAAAUAAUGAAAGUGAAGAUUAUGAUAUAUCUUCUCAAUUAACUAUUUGCAAUAAUACAACUUCACCUACUGUAAAUUCUACUCAUUUCCAUGAUAAAAUACAAAAUAAAUUUGAUAUCAAAUCAGAUGAAGAAAUAAAUAAAAAAAUGAUAGUAGAUGAAGAGACAAUGAAAGAAGAUAGCAAUAUUUUUAAUUAUAUAAAAGAUAAUUCUAAUUCUCAAAUUCCAAAUCAAUCUAAUAACCAAAAUGAUGAUGAAAAUUCACAGGAUUCGCUUUUACAACACAUGGAAGACAUGUUUUGUGAUAGUGACGAUAGUAGCGAUCUUAUGACAUUAAUUGAAAAACAUUCAGGUGUUACUAAAGCUAAUAUGGAUAAGGAAAUUAAUGCUCUUCUUCCACAUAAUUCGAAUGGCUCUAUUAAUAUGCCUGAAAAUAAUAUAAAAAUUAAUUCUAUUAAGAAUACUAAUAUAAAGGCAUUAAAUACAAAUACAGGAAAAUACAGUUUUAGUUAUUAUAAAGAAAUGAAAACCAGACAAACUAAUAAAUUAUUACCAGUUGAAAGUGAAACAAUAGAAAAUAAACAUAAACGUAGAAUAAACAGUAUUUGGUUUGUUGAACGUGUAUAUCAGGUAUCUAAAUUAAAAGCAAAAAUGACAGAAUUAUCUUUAAAAGAUUAUAGAAGACAUGGUAGAGUUAAAGAAAAAUUUAUUGAACUAUUUGGAGAAACUGAUGAUGAAGAAAUGAUGCCAGAUUCACCAAUUUGUAUAGAAGAACAUUUAACUGCAUGUAAAGAAAGAAUAGCACCAUGGAUUGUAAAACAUUUGAUGCCAUUCUAUAAAAAACGAAGAAUUAAAGAUAGACAGUUAUUUAAAAUAGUUGCAAAGCAUGUAGCUGAUAUGCUUAUUAUUGAAAAUACAUUUCCAGAACAAGACUGUGUGAGCAAAUAUAUAGAAACAUACUUCAAAAAUAAAAAAUUUAUUAGAACUAAACAAGAUGUAUAUUUAUAA